UCAUUGCCUGGGAGCGAGGAACGGUGGACCCAUACGCCAGCAAACUGUUCCCAGCCAUCCGCCUCCUUCGCGGAAAACAAAAAAGAAACCCAAAACGCAUGGAUGUUCCAGUUCCAAGAGGAGAGUAGCGGACCUCCUCCCGGUGUUUUAAUAUUCAAACAGGCAGCGGUGCGGGGUUGCCAGUUUGGAGCUUGUUUCCCCCUUAAAUUGCACCCUUCAAGCUGUGGCAGGGCUCAUUUGCUCGCUCCUUCGCUCUCCGUGGAGCCGCCGCUGCUUCCGCGCUGCAGCGCAAAUAACGGGACUUCGCUGGCAGCUCGGGAUUGACUUUAGAUUUCUAGCACCGCAGGGGAAGUGAGGUGGCAGCACAUCAACACUCCACACAGCCUGUGAAGGUGGAUCAUUAAAGAAUGGAUGACACAUCAGUCACUGACCUCGCAGAGUCAACAUCUGAGCGCUCAGCAAAAGUGACUAAAUCUGAUUAACCAGGAGACAUCAAGCCGACAGAACCACACAGCGGAUUUGCAAAGAAGCCACACUGAUGGGUUCCAUUAAGGACAUUUAUGAACCAAAUCCUGAGGCGUCUGGAAACUAAGACCAACAGGAUAUGUUCACUCGACAGCAGCGUUAUAUCUGAGCCACUUGCACCAUGUGGUCAGCAGGGCUGCUCGUUUCCCACACCUUUGGGACUCUAGAUUUAUCAUGAUGCUAUUUCUGUCCGUUGCACUCGCAGAGUUUCCCACCAACAGAUUUUGACUGUGACAACAUGUCUCUACCCAAGCGGAGGAAAAUCAGGACUUUUGCUCUCCUGUUUUGUGUCAUUACAUUUACAACGUUCCUGUUCAGUUACACUUUCCGGGACCCCUCGCUCUACUUCUUCAGGUACGCAUUCCGCCUGUCAGACAACUUCUUCUCCAAAGGGCUCUGCGCCUGUCGUCAGUGCAUAGCAGAGCUGGAGGACGACUCAUGGUUCGCUGAGCGCUUCAAUCAGUCCAUCCACCCUCUGAUGACCAGAGAGAACAGCCUCCUCUCCGAUGAGACCUUUAAGUGGUGGCAGUGGUUGCAGUCAGAGAGGCAGCCGGCCAACUUCACUGAAGUUGUGGAGGAGCUGUUCCAAGUCAUCCCUGAUGAGGUGCUUUACAUGGACGCCAGCCCCGAGCGCUGCAGGACCUGUGCUGUGGUGGGGAACUCUGGGAACCUCAAGGGCUCCCAUUACGGAGGCCUCAUCGACUCCAGUGAUUUCAUCAUAAGAAUGAACCAGGCUCCCACCACUGGCUUCGAGGAGGAUGUGGGAGGCAGAACCACUCAUCAUGUCAUGUAUCCAGAAAGUGCCAUAGACCUGGACAACACCACCAGUCUGGUCCUGAUCCCUUUCAAAACUCUGGACCUGCAGUGGAUUAUCAGUGCUCUGACCACUGGCACUAUUAAACAAACGUAUUUACCUGUUAUAUCCAGGAUAAAGGCAAAUAAAGAUAAGGUGUUGAUUUACAGUCCAACAUUUUUCAAAUACGUCUACGAGUCUUGGCUUGAGGGUCAUGGACGAUAUCCUUCGACCGGCUUCCUCAGUCUUCUGCUCGCUCUCCACAUAUGUGAUGAGGUCAGUGUGUUUGGAUUCGGUGCGGAUCAGUAUGGAAACUGGCACCACUACUGGGAGGAGAACCAUCUGGCUGGAGCUUUCCGACACACGGGAGUCCAUGAUGGAGAUUACGAAUAUAAUGUCACCCUGCUGCUGGCGGACAAGCACAAAAUCCGAAUGUUUAAAGGCAGAUGAUAGGAAGCCCAUAUGUGCAGUGGGAUGACCACCAAAUGAACCUCAGCAGCCUUUUAAUGUUUGUUACUGUCCAGUAGAAUGCGUUUUUUCAUGGUUUCCAAAGACGUGUUCACAGGAGCUACUCUAGUCCAUCCUGUUUUCUGCUGUGCGCAUAACAAAUGUUUAACAAAUGUCAUUGACAAAUCAGCAGAGGUUUUGUCUCUGUGUCCAGACACAGGCCAGGACACACCAUCAAUACAACACUGCCACUUUCCAUAACCUCUGAGCUCAACUCAAAUACAUCUAGGACUGAGUACAGAGGAGGACAAGAGAAGAAGAUGUCUGUUGAGCAUGCUAUACAUAAAAAGCUUUAGUACCAUUAUAUAGUAUAUGUAUACUCCAUGUGUUCUUUUAUUUCUGUGACUGUGGCCACCUUAUGCUUUGUAUGUUAAUGUUCAUGGUUACAAAAUAAGUGAUGACAGCAGUGAUCAGACAAAUUGCAAGAACUGAACAGUGGAUGUAGGGACAUGGUGAUGGGGAUUUUGUGCAGAACUGAUCAUUGUCAGUUAUGCAAAAAGAGCCUCUAGUGGAAGCUGUUAGAACUUGAUUACUAACAAACAUAAAAGCAUAAUGAACCCCUAUAGACUGCACUGUAAAUAUCAUAUAUAAAUUUCCACAAUAUGGCAGUGAAGGUAUUUUACACUGUAAUAAAUGUGAGAGAGAAUCGACUCUUUUUUCAUCACACUGAUCGAUUUUGACAUAAAGUACCCGCACCACAGAGCUACUUGCAUCCUACUUGUCUGAUUGCAGCUGUAAAAUAUAGUUCGACGAGGCUAAAGGGACACUUAAAAUCAAGGCCAAAAUCAGCCGCAAACAACAUAUUUUAACAAUGUGACAUUUAUAGAAUGCCCACAGGGCUGUAGCCAGUUUUUUUUUUUUUUUUUUUUUUUUUUUUUUUUAGAAAUACUGAAGUCAUAAGCCCAAGUUUCCUAACACUUUGUCAUCCCUUCUUAGAAAGUUUCUAUCUCAUAGUAAAGAUAACAUCUCAUUAUUCAUUGAUUAUUUAUUUUGGCUUUAUUUGUGUAUCCACUGAACUGUUUUUCCUGUAAAUUUUAUUGCUCAAUAUAUAAAUGCCGUUUCAAUGCCAUUAAUGCCAGAAGCAAAAUUCAAUCAAAUCUUGCUGACCUGAAGUCAGCAAGUGAACAGUCAUUUUGAAAUCUGAGGUCAAAAAUUCACAUCUUUUGUAUGUCUUUUGUACGUCUUUACCCAAUCAGCCAUCAUGACUCCAGGCAUGGCAACACUUGACUGUUGGUCAGAUGUUGCUACUUUGGCCCAGACUGAAAUAUCCCAACAACACAUUUUGCAUAUAUAAAAUUCUGUACAGAGAUUUGUGGUCCCUAGAGGAUUUGACAUAAUGACUUUGUUGAUCUCUGAAUUUUCCUCUAAUGCAACAAAUAAAUCAAGCUUUGGGGUUAUGAGUAAAUAAUUACUAGAUGGAUUGCCACAAAAUUUAUGUAGGUGAACUGUAACAGCUUUGGUGACCUCUUAAUUUACUGUCUAUCUCAAAAUUAAUGUCCAGUAAUUUGGCAUCUGACUUAUUAUCUGUAAAUGUCAGAUAAAUUGUAUUAUUAUUCUCCUGCAUAAUAUUGUUUACGUAUUAAGAAGACAUUGCAGUCCUGCAGUGCCACCUUGUGGUUUGUUCCGCUUUUAUUUUGUUAAGCGAGCGUUUCUUCUUCUUCUGCGGUUUUUGUGACGCCGAACUUCCUGUUUCUUUGUCUAAACAACGCUGUGCUCACGCAUCGUCGGAGAAACGGUAAAAAACUGUCUAAAACAGUAGUUAUACAUCACGUUUAUCUAUUUGAAUUGUAUUAAGGAAAGAUUUACAUUGUGAUUUACCUCAUUAUACUGUAUUCGUAGCUCCGAGCAGCGACGUGUGUGUGUGUAUAUCGAGCUGGAGAGCAUGCUAGCUGAUGGCUAACACUUAAAUUAGCGCCCUUGGAACGGCGGAAUGAGGUAUGAAAAUGUUUAAUAUGCAUUAUUAUCAGAUGAGUUGCGUUUAUUUGUAUUGGAUGUAAACAUGAUUUAUACGUGAAUUGUUUGUGAUACUACAGUGAAGCAUUUUGUAUUCUGUUUAAUUCUGUAGUUUUCACGGUGCUUAUGGUACACGUGCUGGUCGAGAGUGAGAAUAGAUCAACACCCGUUUGAAAUUCUGCGUCUUGCUGAAUGAAUCCAAGGGGCUGCUACAUUAUCUGCAGAACUAAUUACAUCCCUCUUAGCUGUUUUUUGUGAGUUGUGCUCAUUAGAACAUGUUAGCAUGCUAACAAGCUAAACUACUGUUUGGUGGCAGAUAUGGUAAAAAUUCACAUGCUGAGCUUCAUCAUGUCAGUAAUGUCACGGUGAGCAUUUUGGCAUGUUGACAUUAACAUUUAGACAUAUACUGUAUGUAAGAGAUGGACAUAGACAUUGUAACUUCAUUCAUUGGUUUGUGUACUACUGUUUUGUAGCCUCCAGUUUAGAAAACGGACAUGAUGAGCAAGCGGAGGAUCUGACAGAAGUUAAGGACACUACACACGCCGAUGAGGACGUGACCUGUCAAUCACAAGUCAGCCAUUACCUAAAGCCAUUACCCUGUUUUAUCAUUUAUUUUAUUAUAGCUGAGAACACAAUUUACAAAAUGAACAUCAUCCUGUAUUGAAGGGAAUUUGAAAGCAGGAAUUGAAACCAUAAACUCAUUUUUAAAAUAUUCACUGAGAUAACAGAUUAAGUGAGAAGUAGGAUCAUUUUCUCAUAGGCUUCUAUAUAAACUGACUCUUUUUUUUCUUUUUUUUAACCAGAGGAGACGUCCCCUGCUGGCUGUUAGAAAGAAUGCAGGUCUGAGGCAAUUUUGCAUUUAUUUCAGUUUUCAUACCUGGGGACUACGUGCAUUUUUUAUAUACAGGCAAUUAUCUUAAACCACCUGUUAAAGUCUAGAAUGGAGAUAGCUUAUAGGUUGCUAGUACAGAGCAUGUAAUGUCUUUGCCCUCUGUGCAGUCCUGAUCACCCAUGUCUUGGUAAACAGGUUUCGUUGUACAGCUGAACUAAAAGGAAACUGUGUUUUAAUCCGUUCAUUCAUAGUUUCAAUGUUUGAUGCUUGACUUUUUUCAAAAUCCAUUGGAUCCCGAAGAACUCUACUGGAGGUCUGCAGCACAGUGUGGAAUACAAAUUGUGUUAAAAUUUGACUGAUAGUUUUUAAUAUUAAAGGUGUAACACAAGCGGCAGGUUCUUUACCAUUUAUAAUGGACACCUGACAUAUGAUACAGCUUAAACAGGGGUGCCUUAUCAUUCGAAUCAAUGAUGUACCGUACAUUUUUGAUGUACAUUGUGACAUACAUUUUUAAAUAAAAGUAGGUGUCAAGUGCCUUUAAUGGGAGUUUUCAAACCUUAAUUUGACCAUCAGAUUAGUCUGUAUUGUAAUUAUCAUCGUAGUUAUUCCUGGAUGUAUACGUUUAUGUUAUUGUGUACAGUGUAAAUUUUAAGCAUUCAUAUGCAUGUACAUAGAGCCAUCUUAAUAGCAGCCAUCUUAAGUAUUUGUCAGUAAGAUGUCAACAUAUUUGCGGUUUUAAAAAGGCUCCUCCAUGUUUUGUCUCUCUUUGCUUUAAACUAUGAGCUGCACUUGCUGAAAUUGUUUUACGUGUGUGAACACUGAACUGAAUGGUUCCCACAAGCACUUGUACUGCUCUCAUUUUCAUCCAGAAAUUUAUAAUCUGAAACUCUGUAGGUGUUUGUUCAGACUCAUCAGGCUUUGAGUUGUUCCAUGUGCCUUGAAACAUGAUGGGGACAUUUGCCUGGUCAGUGUCUUCAUCUGAGAGCAGGUUGAUAAGGCAAAGGAAGACAAACCGCAACAUGUGUUCAGUUCAAAUUUUGGUCUGCCACCUUGUAUACUUACUGUACAGCUGUCACAGAAGACAACAGUUUUGUCUGUUUGUGCUUCAGGGAAUACUGUCAUCUAGUGGACAAGAACAUGUAUCAGUAUUAACGUUACUCGAUUUCUACAUUAAAAGAUUUAAGUGAUGACUUUG